UGUUGCCGGAAGUGACAAAAGAAAGUAAACAGAGGAGCUGUCAGUUGAUCCAGAAAUUAAGAUAAUUGCGACUAAAGAGAAAGAUUUUAUUUGCUUUUUAUGAAUACUAAGGGACACUUGUAUGCGCAACUGGUGCAAAGUGUAAUAAAGGUUGUACAGGGACAAGAGUGACACUGUCCUGUAAUGUUCACAGACAUGGACUAUGAAUUGGAGGAGGACAAACUGGGGAUACCAACAGUACCUGGUACUGUGUGUCUAAAGAAAGAUGCUAAUAACCUUAUCGGGAUCAGCAUUGGUGGUGGGGCACAGUACUGUCCUUGUCUCUACAUUGUUCAGGUCUUUGAUAACACCCCAGCAGCUCUGGAUGGAACACUGGCAGCGGGUGAUGAAAUCACAGGCGUGAAUGGGAAACCAGUGAAGGGAAAGACCAAAGUGGAGGUGGCCAAGAUGAUUCAAGCUGUACAGGGAGAAGCAGUAAUCCACUACAACAAACUGCAGGCAGACCCCAAACAGGGGAAGUCUCUGGAUAUAGUGCUGAAAAAAGUCAAACAUCGCCUAGUAGAGAAUUUGAGCUCGGGCACAGCCGAUGCUCUCGGACUCAGUAGAGCUAUUCUAUGCAACGAUGGGCUGGUUAAAAGACUGGAAGAGCUGGAGAAAACAGCAGAGCUCUACAAAGGUCUGAUGGAGCACACAAAGAGACUGCUCAGAGCUUUCUUUGAGCUCUCUCAAACUCACAGAGCGUUUGGAGACGUUUUCUCUGUCAUCGGGGUACGAGAGCCCCAGGCCGCCGCCAGCGAGGCUUUUGUGAAGUUUGCUGAUGCUCACCGCAGCAUUGAGAAAUACGGUAUUCAGCUGCUAAAGACCAUCAAACCUAUGCUCCACGAUCUGAACACGUACCUUCACAAGGCCAUACCAGACACGAAGCUCACCAUCCGCAAGUACCUGGAUGUGAAGUUUGAAUAUCUGUCGUACUGCCUGAAGGUGAAGGAGAUGGAUGAUGAAGAAUACAGCAGCAUUGCCAUGGGAGAGCCCCUGUAUCGCGUCAGCACUGGUAACUAUGAGUACCGAUUGGUGCUGCGCUGUCGGCAGGAGGCUCGCGCCCGCUUCGCCAAAAUGAGGAAGGACGUUCUGGAGAAGAUAGAGCUGCUGGAUCAGAAACAUGUCCAGGACAUCGUGUUCCAGCUGCAGCGCUUCGUCUCAGGAAUGUCCCAUUACUAUGACGAGUGCUACGCCGUCCUGAAGGAGGCGGAUGUCUUCCCCAUCGAAGUGGACCUCUCCCGCACCACGAUCAACUACGGCAGCCAGUCGGUCUACACUGGAGAUGAGGAGGAGGAAGAGGAGGAGGAAGGAGGAGGAGGAGAGGAAGGAGGGAGCAGCGCAGGGAGACAAGCAGAGAACGGCGCUGAGAAACUGAUCGAUGACGAAUGAGAGUGUGUGUGUGUGUGUGUGUGUGUGUGUGUGUGUGUGUGUGUGUGUGUGUGUGUGUGUGGUGUUCUUGUGGAGAUGAAGUCCACCCCUCUAACAUAACUGUUCUUCACUUGCAUUUAAUGUCAAUGCACCCACCAAGCAGCGAUCUUUGCAUUGGAGUACAGCAGUUGACAUGGAUACCGUCAAAAAGGUGAAUACUACUGAGAAUUGCUGCUAUGAUGUUUGUCUUUUGGUGGUGUUUUCUUCCUGGGAUUCUUUCAAAUCAACAGCUUUGUGAUUAUUUUACCGAUCAUUUAACUUCUGACUGUCAACGUUCUCUUUAAAAAAGAUAAAAGAAAAAGACUUCCUGCUCUUUGGAUGCGACUGUCCUCUAAUGACUGCGAGAGACACACAUCUAACGGAAGGCACUUUUAUUGUAAUCUUAAUGCUAUGGAGGAGUUUUAAUGCAGCAAAGUAGGAUUUAUAUGCAUAUGUGUGCCUUCUUAGCUCUUUAUGAAGCGUAAUGGGUCUGGGCUGCGUGUCAGUGUGCAUAUUCUUGUGGAUUGUUAAAGUUAUACCUUGAUAUUUUUAUUUUGUUUUUUUCUUUGCUACAAACUUGUCAUAUUUUGGACAGGGAUUUAUCUAGCUACCUAAAAUUAAAUAUUUUGUGGUGAAUGUUAAAUGGAAUUUCCUCCUCAGCUUACCAAGCAAAUGGCAAAUGACACUACUGGAUAAAUAUACGAAUGUGAAGGUAUUGUUGAAGACGCAGACAUCAUUUUCUUCCUACAUGAAGAGUUUGUUGCAUUCCUUUGUCCUCUGAUUUGUUUUCCGUCUUAGAAUAUUUGAGUUGUUUCACAAGCUUGCAUUUGCCACAGUGUCCAGCUCUGAAAAGCUUGACAACCAAAGUCUUUUUUAAGGUCAUUCAAUGUGUUUCACCUAAUCCUGCUGCAUGCUUCAAAUUCAAAUGUGUUUAUUGUUUUCUCCUGUAACACACCGACACUUCUCAGUUCCUCUCAACACCAUGUUUUUCAUUCCAGCAGUGCCUCACACUGGUAGUGCUUCUGUUUAGGGGGAGAAAGGUAAUGAACACAUAGCAACACAGAGCUUUACCACUGUGUGGAAGCAUUGAACAAUGCACACAUGUACUGUAAAUAAGUGUGUACAAAGAGAAAGGGUGUAAAAACACCCACUGUCAUUGUCAUUCCCACUUUAUUUAUUCUUUUUGUCAAAGUAUAUUUAAAAGUUUUAAUGAAGAAAAAUAUAAUGUUCUAUGUUAUAGUGAAUAUACUUGUGUGGCUCUUUGUUGUCUGCCAUUCGUUUUGCCUUCAGAGGGAAAAGAUAAUGUUGUGCAUUUUAAUGAUUUACUGUCGGGAACACUUGGGGGCAGCAUCACCUCAAAUAUCACUGUCCUGCUGUCAGCACUGAAUGCACUCCUGUGUUGACUUUUUAGAAAAAACAUUUUGUUCGUGUAUUGUUUUCUUUUUCUUAAUAAGUGGAAUGUAAUCAAUCAAAAUGAGCCGCUGUAUAUUGUGUUGUCUUGCACAUAUCGGAUCUCUACAUCAUAUUUGCUCAACUGAGUAACUUCUUUGGACUUAAAUUUACUAAAUAAACUUUAAAAUAGCCUGACGGUUGUUUUGUACCAUCAAUCCAAAACAAUAAUGGCGAUAACGUUAAAUGUUUGGCGUGUAUUAAAUGUAUA